AUGCCCAAAUUACAUUUUUUCCAUGCGUUUUCAAAAGUCUCAUGUGGGAAAUACGGAGAUAUUUUCGGCAUUACUAGUGAAGAAAGAGUCGACAUCUUUUUCGGGUACGGCACUUUUAUUAAUAUAGAAUACCGUAUGCACAUCCACCGGUCGGGUCCAGGCGUUGGAUGCCUCCAGACACUAAAGGUAGAUUUCCAUAAUCUCAUGUCAACAGGAAGCUUUUGGGAUCCAGGUAUCGAUUUCCUGGCUACAAAAAUCCCACCUGCAUGCCCCCAGCUAUUUGAUCCCAUCAAUUCUUUCACAGAGGAUUGCCUUUAUUUAAACGUCUUUCGACCCAGUGCCAUGCCACCAAAAAACCUGCUUCCUGUAAUGAUUUGGAUUUAUGGCGGGGCCUUCUUGAUCGGUAAUUCCUGGCAGUUUGGUUUGUACGAUGCGAGAAACAUCGUCAAACAUCGAAGAGCAAUCGUGGUCUCUUUUAAUUAUCGUCUCGGCUCUUUGGGAUUUUUGUACACCUCUGGAAAUAGCGUUUCUCCCAAUUUGGGGAUUCUAGACCAAAUUGCAGCCAUAAACUGGGUAAAGGCAAAUAUUAUCAAUUUUGGCGGCGAUCCAGACAAUAUAACUCUUAUUGGAGAAAGUGCCGGUGCAAUGUCGAUUGGGCUUCUGGUUUCCAGCAAAAAUGCAGACAUAAAAAACCUUUUUCAAAAAGCCAUCAUAAUGAGCAAUCCAUUUGCAGCGCACUAUAAAAGCCUAUCUGAGGCUGCAGUUUUUGGAGACUUGCUGUGUAAAGGUAACCCCAGCCUAAAUGGUUAUCAUUAG